CCAGUGCCGUUCACAUAAUUUUGCCCCUCUUAAUAAAAUUUUCAAGACCCUCAACUCUCCUGGCGCCGCCACGUGUCCCAUCGUUUUCUGCAUUAGUUUCCUUCGCUCUCAGGUAAUAGUCACGCAACACAACCGCACCAAACUAACUAACUUUUCUUCGUUUAAAUAACUCAAAAUCAAAAAUCUAAUCAUCAGUUUAAAUUUUGAAGCUUCGUCAAGCGAUCACGUCCGAUUUUGAGCUUCUCGACUUCCUGAGGUUCGUUUGCGCCAUGGCGGAGGAGAAGAAGGUGUGCACAUCCGAGUCCGUGGUAGAAGGAAGUCGCGAUGUUUGGAGCGCCAAACCCUCACUUUCUUCCUCCGCGGAUCAUCUUGUGGUCAUGGUCAAUGGAAUUCUCGGAAGUACAACGGAUUGGAAGUUUGCGGCGGAGCAGUUUGUUAAGGAGCUUCCUGAUAAAGUUUUUGUUCACUGCAGCGAACGAAACGUGGCUAUGCAGACUCUAGAUGGUGUGGAUGUAAUGGGAGAGCGAUUGGCAGAGGAGGUUCUUGAAGUGAUUAAAACCAAGCCAAAUAUGCGCAAGAUCUCCUUUAUCGCACACUCAGUGGGAGGUUUAAUAGCAAGAUAUGCUAUUGGAAGGCUGUAUAGGCCACCUGAAAAAGGAUCCAUGGAGGACUCAUGCAAUAACGAAUGUAAGUUGGACUUGGUGGGUACAAUAGCUGGCUUGGAGGCUAUGAAUUUCAUAACUGUUGCCACACCACAUCUAGGGUCAAGGGGCAAUAAGCAGGUUCCAUUUCUUUUUGGGGUAGCUGCUUUUGAGAAGGUUGCAAGUUGUGUUAUCCAUUUGAUUUUUAGAAGAACAGGUCGGCAUCUUUUCCUUACUGAUGAUGAUGAAGGAAAACCUCCUUUGCUUGAACGCCUGGUUGAAGACUAUGGUGAUUUGUAUUUUAUGUCUGCAUUGCGCACUUUUAAACGACGGGUUGCAUAUUCAAAUGUAGACUAUGAUCAUAUUGUUGGCUGGAGAACAUCAUCCAUUAGAAUUGAUAAUGAACUUCCUAAGUGGAAGGAUACCGCCAAUGAAAAAUAUCCACAUGUUGUAUAUGAAGAGCACUGCAAGGCUUGUGACGCUGAGAAGUGUGACAUAGUGGAAGAUAACAGCUCUGACAAGAUAGAAGAGGAACUUGUAAAAGGCUUAUCUCGUGUGUCAUGGGAAAAGGUAGAUGUUAGCUUCCGCAAUAGCAAACAUAGAUUUGCUGCUCAUAGUAUCAUUCAGGUCAAAGACCAAAUCACUCAUAAAGAAGGUGCAGAUGUUAUACAGCAUAUGAUUGAUCAUUUUCUUGUCUAGAAGCUUUUAGUCUCUUAAGUUGUCUGCUACGGUCUUAGCAAUAUAAGCAUGUCACAGGAUGGAAACAACUGGUUCCUUGAGUGACAAAAUUCUCCAUUAGUUGGGGUGAAGAUGAAAUUGAAGUUUUGUUUAUCGAUAUUUCUUUAUAUGGUUUUUCUAACAUGUGCCAUGGUUAUAUAAUAAGAACCUAUAAAUAGUAAGUUUUUUUAUUGGAAAUCAUAUAAUAUCACUAAAUUCAAUACAUUGAUAACAUUAAUUGCCACAAUUUUCAAUAAAAACUUACUAUUUAUUUCUUAUCAUGUGUCCAAAGGCACGCAUUAGAAAAAUUGAUAAUAAUAUGUAUAUAGAUAGAACACUAUGGGAUAUCCGUGCGAUGCGGGGACAGUAGAAUUUAUCUUUUCCAAUUUCUUCUAUUCCAUUUUUAAUGUAUAAACAUUUAGUGUUAUUGAUUUAUUUAUUUAUUUUUCAUUUGGCU